AAGCAAUUUAACUAAAUUUGUGUGAAUUUUACUGAAUUAAUUUAUUUGCUGUUUGUUGCACACAGAUCACCUGCUGCUCACUGGCGAUAAACAGGCGUCGGAUUGCUCGCCGUCCCGACAUCUGCCCCGCUGACGGCGGUGACUCGACAAAACAACCAGCGCUCUCUGGGGUCCUGUCCAUAUCAACAAAACACAAACAACAGAGGGAAAUAGGGACUGAGGGGAUACGGAAGGGAUAGGGCUGAGCGCGACGGAGACUGUCACUGCAGCUUCAUUAACUCAAUAAACCUGUGUCCACUGAGUAGUGCAGGUUCCAUGCGUCAUGUUGACUUUGGAGGCCGCCACUCUCUUCCUCUGAUACCUACGAUUUACUCUCUGCUUCCCGAGUCAAUAUCUCGGUUGCGUAAAGCAACUGCCGCUCAAGACAAGAUCUUCCGCUAGAGACAAGCCGUGCCCCUCUGUCCUUCUGCUGGAGACCUCCGCCCAAGACAAACAUACCCACGUCCAAGAGAAACUGUGCCUGUCUGCUCCUAUGCACCUGUAACGAGAAUGAAUUCCACGCAACCUGGAGCGUCACUUGGAGGAAAACUCAAUCAUUCCUCCGCACAGACAACCACUCCCCAACAGCAACAGCAGGGCCCGUCGUCCCCCAGCUUCGAAUCCAGCACCAGACGCUCCAGCAGUGCUCAUUCGAAUACGACCCACGGUCCUGCUCGGAACAACCAGUCUUCGAAGAAGAACCAUAAGAAGCAUAGACGACCAGGGGGGCUGCUUGGGGAUGAUGCUUAUGCUGAAAAUUCUGCAAUGAGGAACUCAACCAGCCGACGAGGCCAGACCUCCAUCACGCAUUUGAUGAACUUUGCGCUACCACCUCGACCAAGCGCAGAGGUGUAUCCAAGGUCUAGUGGUAGGGAAUAUGGAUAUACAAGGUCGGGGUUAGGAUCUGGCUAUCAUGCUUCUGACAAGGCGAGAUAUAUCCAUGCCAACUACCGCUUUAUCGUACACCCUUCCGGUCACUACCGAGCACAAGCCAUUGACGCUGAUACACCACUCGACUGGGACAGCGUACUGCAGAUCCUCGUGUCUGCAGAAUCCCAACUUUCAUUUUGUCCGAUAUGUCUAUCACAUCCUGUAGCGCCUCGGAUGGCGAAAUGUGGCCAUAUAUUCUGUUUACCAUGUUUGAUUCGGUAUAUGCAUUCUACCGACGAUGAAGCUCCCGAGAAAAAGACCAGAUGGAAGAAAUGCCCUCUUUGUUGGGACUCCAUAUAUAUGUCUGAUACUAGACCAGUAAGGUGGUUUACUGGCCAGGAAAACCCGGCGCCGAAGGAGGGAGAGGAUGUCAUCCUUCGAUUGGUUAUGCGUCAACCGGGUAGCACCUUGACCCUACCAAGGGACGAGGCGGAAUCUAUGGGGAGGCUGGAAGACAUCCCAUGGUACUUUGCUGCUGAAGUCACGGAUUAUUCUCGCGUUAUGAAAGGCACGGAGGAAUAUAUGACUGAGCAAUUUGACAAGGAGAUUGACGACUUGAAACGGCAAGAGAAGGAAGACGAGCUGAUGUUUGGCGAUGAGACAAUUUGGGCCAAGAAGGCCGUUAGGAGCGUGAUCGAGGCGAAAGAGCACAUUAAGGGCAUGGGAAAUGCUCCGGCUAUAUCGAAGCAGCCAGCCAGGCACGCAAAGGAGCACGAGAUUCAGGAGGCUCAGGAACCCAAAACCGAAGAUGAGAAAUCGGCAACGACAUGGAUCCGACUUCAUGAUGGUGAAGCUGCUCCUGUUUCCACCCCUUCUGGGAACACCACGGAGGAAGCACCAUCAAAACUAUCAAAUACUGCCGGCCAACAUCGCCUGAACCCCGUAGCCGAUGCUUUCAAUCACCUUUCUUUGAACGAGUCGGGAGUUACACACAACAAUUCGGUUCACAAGGCGCAAGCCCACAACGCUCCAGCUCACAGCGCUCAAGCUCACAAUCUGCCAGCACAGCCUCAUGCACCAUAUUACUUCUACCAGGGUCUCCAGCAUUAUUAUCUUGCGCCCCUCGAUAUUCGCAUACUUAAAGCUGCCUUUGGCAAUUUCUCAUCUUUCCCUUCAACCCUUCUCCCUCGUGUCGAGCACAUCUCCACGGGCCACAUCAUCGACGACGAACUACGCAAGCGCACAAAAUACCUCGCCCACCUCCCAUACGGCUGCGAAGUCUCAUUCCUGGAAUGUAACUGGACCGACGUAGUCCCCGACUCUGUCCUCGCCAACUUCGCCCAGGAUAUCUCGCGUCGCCGCGAAAAGAACCGCGAGAAGGAGAAUCGAGAGGAGAAAGCGCGCGUCCGAGCCGAGAAGCUCGAGGACGAAGAGCGCUGGGCAAACGUCCGAAAGAAGCGCCAGGAAUUCUCCACACCCGUUGCGGAGGAGCGGUUUGGCGCUGCGGAUUUCCUCCCGCUUGUCAAACAGGCGAAUGCGGACGGAACAGCUGGGAAUAGCCCGCCAUAUGCUACACACCAUCGCCCGGGAUUUGAGAGCCUGGCAAAUCAUUCUCCGGGAACGAGCCCGCCACAGAAGCGUACGGUGUGGGGAACUACGGUGUUCGCACCUACGGAUGGGAAUGAAGUGCCACAUGAGGAGAGUGGCAAUGAUGGAUGGCUCCAGGACUGGGAGAAGGAGCUGCAUGAGGAGAAUGAGGCGAUGAUACGGCAGGUUGAGGCGGCGAGCUUGGCGGAUGAGGUUGGUGAGGGGAGUGGAGGCGCGCCUAAGGCAGGGAAUGGAGGAGGAGGAAAGAAGAAGAAAGGCAAGAAGAUUACGUUGAUGAGCACGACUGCUCGGCGCGCGGCGUGAGCUGUCGAGGGAUGCCAUGUGAGAAUGGCAUAGGUUGAAGAGCAGGACGGGGCUUGUGUUUUAGAGUAGCGUACGUGACGUGACGGUGUAAUGCGGGGCCCUAGGUAACGUGGUGGUUUUACCCUACCAACUUCAGAUAAUUGUAAAUAACUCAACAAUGGAUCGUCGCG